GCCUGGCGCCGCCGACCCGCUCCCUGUGUGUCCAGUUGUGCACUAGCUAAUUCUAGACGGCAAGCCGGCAAGAAGAGGAAGAAGGAAGACCCCGGCGAGGCGCCAUGGAAGCAGCAGCUGAUGCCUUUCCCUGGGCAGCGCAGUGCGCGGGCAUGGCCCUCCUCGCCUCCUCGCUCUGCGUGGUGGCGCUGGCCCUGGUGCUUCUGCUCCUCCGCCGCUGGCCGUGGUGCAGCUGCCACGUCUGCCGGGCGUACCUGACGGGGUCGUGGGCGCGGGACUUCACCAACUUGGGCGACUGGUACGCGCACCUCCUCCGCGAGUCGGCCACGGGCACCGUCCACGUCCACGUGCUAGGCUGCACCGUCACGGCCAACCCGGCCAACGUGGAGUACAUGCUCAAGACCAACUUCGACAACUUCCCCAAGGGCAAGACCUUCGCGGCGCUCCUCGGGGACCUCCUCGGACGCGGCAUCUUCAACGUGGACGGCCACGCCUGGCGCCACCAGCGCAAGAUGGCCAGCCUGGAGCUCGGCAGCGUCACCGUGCGCUCCUACGCGUUCGGGAUCAUCGCGCAGGAGGUGGAGGCCCGGCUCCUGCCGUUGGUCGCUAGCGCCGCCGACGCCGGCGCGGUGGUCGACCUGCAGGACGUGUUCCGCCGCUUCGCCUUCGACACCAUCUGCAAGAUCUCCUUCGGCCUCGACCCGGGCUGCCUGGAGCCGGAGAUGCCCAUGUCCGAGCUCGCCGACGCGCUCGACACCGCUACGCGCCUCAGCGCCACGCGCGGCGCCGCCGCGGCGCCGCUGCUGUGGAGGGCCAAGCGCCUGCUCAACGUCGGCUCGGAGAGGGAGCUCAGGGCGGCUAUCAAACUCGUCGACGAGCUCGCGGCCGCCGUCAUCCGGGAGCGCCGCAAGCUGGGCGUCGCCGCCAGUGGCCACGACCUCCUGUCCCGCUUCAUGGCCUCAGCCGGGGCCGACGACGACGACAGGUACCUGCGCGACAUCGUCGUCAGCUUCCUCCUCGCGGGGCGCGACACCGUGUCCUCCGCGCUCACGACGCUCUUCAUGCUCCUGUCCGAGAACCCGGGCGUGGCGGCCGCCAUGCGCGCCGAGGCCGGCGACGGUGGCCCGGCGCCGCCGCUCACCUACGAGCACCUCAAGCGCAUGCACUACACCCACGCGGUGCUGUACGAGAACAUGCGGCUGUUCCCGCCGGUGCAGUUCGACUCCAAGUUCUGCGUGGGGCCAGACGUGCUCCCCGACGGCACCUACGUGCCGGGCGGCACGCGCGUGACCUACCACCCCUACGCCAUGGGCCGCAUGCCGCGCAUCUGGGGCGCCGACCACGGCGCCUUCCGCCCGGGCCGCUGGCUCACCGGCGCCGGCGGCUCGUUCGUCCCCGAGAGCCUGUACAAGUACCCGGUGUUCCAGGCGGGCCUUCGCGUGUGCCUCGGCAAGGAGCUCGCCGUCACCGAGAUGAAGGCGGUCGCGGUGGCCGUCGUGAGGGCGUUCGACGUCCACGUCGUCGGGGACAGUGGCAGCGCCGCCUGCAAGCCGAAGUUCGUGUCGGGGCUCACCGCGUCCAUCAGCGGCGGGCUCCCGGUGAGGAUCAGUAGACGAGUUCGAAGCUAGAGAUUCUUGUCUUCUUCCUUACAAAAAAAAGAAAGAAAGAAAAAAAAACAAGUAGAGGCUAGCUAGAUCGGUAGAUUGUUAGCUCGGUGUUCACGAGAAGGCUGUGUGAACUGGCAGUGCCAAUGGUACGGUUUGGCCUUUCAGAAUCAGAUAAGAAGGUGACCUGAAUGCCAAGUUCAAGGAGGCACCAAUCAGUAAUCCAACAGGCCAGCCAUCAUUACAGCCGUCCUAACUAAAUGAGCACACACGCUCCUUGCUUAUUAUCGGGGAAAAAAGCAUCAUCAUUCAAACGAGCACUCAAGGGCCUGUUUGUUUCAGCUUAUAGAUAAUAUAAUCUGAAUUAUAAUCUAAAUUAUAUAAUCUAAAUCAUAAUCUAGAUAGAUUAUAAUUUACAUGUAGCUGUUUGGUAGUCCAGAUUAUACAAAUUUAGAUUAUUCAUAAAGACAACAAUAUCCUUAUUUGUUUAUUUGAUAUGAGAAAGAAGGAUGACAUAUAUUGUAA